CCUUCUUCAUCGACCGACCUUUUCAUUUGGCGCCAAAAUCCGCAGUCACUUGUUUCUAUUUCCCGCUCCUCGACCAAUUUGAUCUGAUCGGAAUCCCUAGGGGAAGCGGAUCUAAUGGCGUCGAAUUCGGAAGCGGGAGGAUCGGCGGAUUACGAAACAUUGAUGUCGACAUCGGACGUUGAGCUAUUGAAGAGGGCGUGGCGUAAUGAGAAGGCGGCGCCGGAAAUUCUUCAAUACGAAGGAGCUCUUGUCCAAAGAGCCAAAGAACAGAUCGAACUGGUGGAAGAAACAAUUGAAGAUUAUGUGGAAAAUGGCAUAGACCCUUUGGUGGUGUCUCUUUAUCAGAUGGAUUUAGACAGAGCUCAGUUUCUACUCAGAUCCUAUCUCAGGGUUAGGCUCCUCAAGAUAGAGAAGUUUAUGUUCCACAACCUUAAGUCAGAAGAAGCUGAAAGGCGGCUUUCUGAGCAAGAGAAGGUGUUUGCUACAAGGUGUGCUGAUGAUUUAGCAAAGCAUUUCGAAGAGACUGUACUGCUUAAGUUGCCGGAGAAUUAUCAGUCUGUCCUCAAGCAAUCCCUUAUAAGUGAAGUGGAUGAUAUGGUGCCGCAGCCGCAUUUGGAUACCUUUGUUGUUUGUAGAAGCAAGAACUUUGUCUCCCUCAAUCUAUACGAAGAAGGAGAGAGCCCCGAGACUGUGGAGAUGGAGCGCGGUGAUCUCUACUUCAUACGUUACAAGAUUGUAAAAGGAGCAAUCGAAUCAGGCCAAAUUGACUUGAUCUGAGCUAUCAAAACCAAUAUAUGAUUAUAGAUUUUCACUCAAAUAGCAUAUGUUUUGGAUGGUGCUACCUUUGUUCAGUGUUUAUGAUCUUGAGUUGUAUAGUUAAUUUUUAUAUUGUAUGAGUAAUUCCUAAUGUCUUGAUAGCUUUAGUUACCAUGUGGCUUAUUUCUUAGAA